GAGAGAGAGAGAGAGAGAGAGACGCACCCCUGUAUAUUGCUUUAGAGAUCAACGACGGAGGGGGUGGCCUGUGGCGGAAACUGCGAACAGCCCUCGACGCCGCGAAGCCGGAGCCGGCGAGCUUCUCCGCCAUCCACCACCGCGCGCCGGGCCCCUCCUCCCCUCCCCUCUCCUCCCGCCGCCGUGACCGAGGCUCUCCGGUGAGCGGCGAGGAGCAAUGGCCGAUCGCUCGGCGGCUCGGUCGGUUUCGGCUGCAAUUCGGGUCGAAUCUCGAGGAGAUUGAUCGCGGACGGGCGAGGAGCAUAAUGGAAGCAAGCCAUACUUAUUCGCUUCCAAAACCUGGUAUGCAGCAGCUGAAUAAUGUGAGGGCCUCAGGAGUAAUGUCUUCAUCCUCUCCGGUUCUUCCAACUCAUUUUGAAGAGAGAUAUCCCAAGCUUCCAGAUUCUCAUCAGGUUACCAUGUCAAGUUCUCUAUCUCCUGGAACUCCUCUGCAGUCCAGUGGUGGGGCAGUUGGUCAUAUGUGUUCAUCGACCUCUGGAUACUCAACGGGUCUUCAUUACUCAUCUGUUACUCCUCCGGAAAAGCAUUCAGGAAGUGCUCCCUUUAUUUCUCAGUCAACAAGUGGUAGACCGACUUAUAUAAUAAAAUCUUCUGCUGAUGCUGAGCUUCUUCAAGCUGAAGCUUCAACACAGUAUGCUAACAAUGAGAAGGCAUCUUGGGGUUCAGAUGCAUUACCAUGCAUAUAUGAUUUUCCCGUGAAUUCUCCCUUUCAGAACAAUGAGAUGGAAAGUGGUGAUGGGAUUGGUGUCCUGGCAUCUGAGGACUUAAGUAAACCAAACAAUUGGCAGGAAUGGGCAGAUCAGCUAAUCAAUGAAGAUGACGAUUUGACACCAAAUUGGGAUGAGCUUCUUGGCGAAACCAACUACUCUAAUCCAGAAUCAAAGAUGGCAUGCGGGGUCAACAAAUCACCAUCAAGUCUUUCAGCACAUCAGACACGAUUACAUCAAGAGCUUCCUGCUUCAUCGGGCGAUAUCCAUACUGCCAACAACUCUUCAUCCACGGCAAAUAGUACUGCAGCCAAGGCACGUAUGCGCUGGACACCAGAACUUCAUGAGGCUUUUGUGGAGGCUGUCAGUAAACUCGGUGGCAGUGAACGAGCCACACCUAAGGGUGUGCUAAAACUCAUGAAAGUUGAAGGGCUGACGAUCUAUCAUGUAAAAAGCCACUUACAGAAGUAUAGAACAGCAAGAUAUAGACCAGAUUGUUCAGAAGGGUCAUCAGAGAGAAGAUUGACUCCUAUUGAAGAAUUGUCAACCCUUGAUCUAAAGACGAGCAUGGAGAUCACUGAAGCUUUGAGAAUGCAGAUGGAAGUACAGAAGCGGCUACAUGAACAACUUGAGAUUCAGAGGAAACUCCAGCUUCAGAUUGAAGAGCAGGGGAGAUACCUCCAGAAGAUGUUCGAGAAGCAGAGCCAAUCAGGAAUGAACAAGCUGAAAGAAUCUUCUUCUACUUUAGACAAUCACUCUGCGCCUUCUGGAGAACUUCAAGACUCCCCUGGAAAAGGCGAAUAUGAAGAAUCCAAGGAGGAGCCAGAAAAAACUGAUAUCGAUCCUGUCAAUGAUAGCAACGUUGCUCCUAGAGAAUGUUUGCAGGAGCAGGGGGGGAUGCAAAGCGAACCUGCAGCCGUCUCUCUCGAGAGUCCCGAGCAAGGGAUGCGUGAGUCGUCUUCUCAGCCUUCAAAGCGUCAGAAAAUGCAUGCUUGAGGUUAUGAUUUAUCCCAACUCAGCAUUGCAAAUUUGCGGUGAGAAUGUCAAACCAAACGAAAGGAAGAAAUGCGUCGUUCAUGAUGUUAUUCUCAGCUUUUUCACAUGGAGCAUUGAAAUUCAAUGCUUAUUAUGUCUGCAUUUUUCAUUGUCUCUAUUUGCUGCAAUAGAUAUAUGUACUUCAGCUGACCAAAGUAUCACUACUUAGUAGCGGCUUUCGCAUUAGCCGAACAUGGUGUCGGCCCUGGCGCAUCAGUUUUCUGUCUGGCUACAAGAGAUUUGGAAGUCUCUAAUCCCGAUAACAUGUGGGGAUGCUGCACUUUGAUGAUUCAUAUGUAUUGAAUGGUAUCCUCUUAUAUCUGGUACUUCCGGAUGAAUGGAAGAUGAAGCGCUUUGCUUGGA